UACCCCCUAAAACCUCCCCCAAAUGCAGUCUAAAAACAGAAAAUUACGAUCAAGAAGAGCAGAGCAGGUAAGAGAAAUUAUGGCAAGGGAUGGUGCUAGCAGGAUUCUUAACUCUGUUGGGAAGAAGAGUAUUGAUAAAGAUGAGUAUGACAGAUGUAUGUCUGCUCUUGAAUUGAGAUCUAAGUCUUUGCUUGAUCUCCAAUACGAGAAAGAUGAGUCCUUGGCAAUUCAGAGAUUGGAAUUGGAAAUGAACGUUAACAAUAACCCCAGAAUGAAGUCAAACCUAACGGUGCUCAAUAAGAUCAAGGAAUGAAACUUGAACAUCACUAAAAAGGAGAAGGAACAGCUAAUUAUGUUCCUAUGAAGUAUCCCUAUUUUUAAAGAUGCUAUUCCUGACAUUAAAGCUGGCGGGAUCGAAUUUAAGAAAAUCUGAGAAGGCUUAGACUUUCUAUGCUUCGAAAAAGGAGAUCUUAUCUACCCAAAAUAAGAGCUGUGUAGACUAUGUGUACUACCUUAUUAUCGGAGAAGUAGUCAAGAUUGAUGAGAAAUAACCUUGAUCUAGAUGAGAUCCUGGACGUUCCGAUUAAAAGUCUAAAGGACGUCAUUUCACAGUACAUUCGUAAAAAGCUGUACGAUAGGAUUCCGGAUAUCUUUGUCAAAAUACAGCUGGAGAGAAUCAAGUGCAAUCAGUUAUUCAUGAAGCGCCAGGCUGAUGUUGGAAAGUCUUAUAAGCUCAAUGAUAGGCGACAGAUCCAAAUUGACGAUAACUUGUUCCUCCACAUCAAGAAACAAAUGAAAGAAAUCAAGAGUAGUUCUAUUUUUGGGGAAGAAGAGGUACUGAAAGGAGGAAGAGUACAUAGAUCAUCCAUGUUUUCAAAAAGUCCAUCCUGGGUCAUUUCAAUAAAGCGUGACCUCUUCAGCCUAAAAUUUAAGGAAUAUGUCAAGAGAGUCAAGGAAUCUAAAGCUGUGUUUAUAUACAACUGGCUGGUUAGCAUUGAUCCUAAGAUUGAAUAUGAGCGUGUUAAGGAUUUCCUACUAGCUAAAUUUAAGGAAGUUCAAUACUGAAAAGGUGCCAAACUUCUUACAGAAGGAGCAGUAUCAGAUAAGCUCUACUUAUUGAAAGAAGGCAAUUUUGAAUUAACCAAAAGUAUCAGAACAAAGUCGAUUUUUGAGUCAAAAUCUACACAUAAGUUAAUGUUUCUUGAUGAAAAUUCCUUGGUUGGAGAGGAUAAUUAUUGAUUUGGACAGCCAAACUCUUAUUCCAUAAUUUGUUGAAGCCCUAAAGGGUGUGCAUUAGAGAUUGAUAUCCAGUCUUUUAACAGAAAAUUUGCAGAUCUGAAAUAAAAUCCAGAUGCCAGCAUUCAUUGAACGUCGGGAUUUUAUUAAUAAGAGAGCCAAGGAGUUGACAAAGUUUAACAUAUUGAAGCAGAAGGUGUCUGGACCUUUUCCUCAGAGGAUCAAAUCAAACUCAAAGGAGCAGUUUGAAAUUUAUUCAAAGUAUUCAAAAGCACGCAAAAACACUCAGAAAAGCAUCAUUAAUCAGAUUGAGAGAAGUAAGCACAAGGAACAAGAAUUUCUGAUAACUGUGAAUGAGCCUAUACCAAUGUCUCCACCUACUCAGAGGUUGCCGAAGUUGAUGGCAGAGAGGGGGGAAUCACAAACUUUAGAUGAAUCUUUAUAUGCUUCUAACCAAUCUGUUCAAAACGAGUCUGAUCCUCAGAGGAGGAAUUCAUCAGUGGGAUUACAUCACGAAACUCCAUUUAUGAAAGAAAGCAUGCAGAAUAUGGACAAUGCUAUAAAGUCAUUAUCCCCAUUGAACAGAAUGACGACCGAUCAAAUCAAGCGAAUGGAGAUGGUAAAUCGGUUCAAAUUUGCUAAUUAUGAGUACAAAGAUGAUCGGUACAGCACCUUGCCUGAUAUUGAGGAGUUCUUUGGUGUUUACACCAGUAGAACAAAGAAAGAAAAACCUAUCUGGAAGUCCAAGCCCUUAGACCUAUCAAGUGUCAAUAAAGUGGUGAAGGAUUUUUCUUCCAAAAUUAAGUCUGAUAAUAUUUUGACUUUAUUUGCUGAAAGGGAAAAAUUUGGACUAAAGACUUCAAAAGCAGCCCCGACUACUAUAUCAAAGUCUAGAAAUGAACUAAGAAAUUACAAGACUAUCAAGUCUAAAUUCUUCCGUCCUGGGGUCUUCAGCCCACAAAGCUGGAAGACCUUGCAUAAGGGAAAAGAUGGUGAGGUUCAUAAGAGGCCUUUACAUUUGAAUUUGAAGAAUAAAAAGGCCGAUGCUUGGCAGAUUUAUAAGAAACUAAAACCAUCAAAAGGACUGAAGACUCCUAAGAGGGUAGAAAAUACUGAAGCUAGGGUCAGUUGCAUCAAUUUUAGUACCAAUUUAGCAUAA